AUGUCAUUUAUGUGGAGUUCUGCUUUGGCCCUGAAGUCCGCUCAGCUUCCAGUGUUCCAACGGAUGCCUUUCAUAGCUGCCUGGAAUGCACCGACAGAUCAUUGCUCCAUCCGAUAUAAUAUCACAAUCAGCUUAAAAAUGUUCCAUGUGAUUGGAAGUCCAUUUGCCAAAGCAAGAGGACAGAAUGUGACCAUAUUUUAUGUCAACAGGCUGGGAUAUUAUCCCUGGUACACAUCACAGGAAAUCCCAAUCAACGGUGGCCUCCCUCAGAAUUUCAGCUUGCAAACGCAUCUGGAGAAAGCUAACCAAGAUAUUAAGUACUAUAUUCCUGAUAAGGAUUUCACUGGGUUGGCAGUCAUAGACUGGGAACACUGGAGACCCCAGUGGGAGCGUAACUGGAAUACCAAAAACAUUUACAAGAGACAGUCAAGGAAACUGAUUUCCAAACUGCAAGAGAAUAUUUCUGCAAAUGCUAUCGAAAGUUUAGCUAAAUUUUCUUUCGAAAAAUGUGCUAAGGCUUUCAUGAAGGAAACAAUUGAGCUGGGGAUUAAAAGCAGGCCCAAGGGCCUCUGGGGAUAUUACUUAUAUCCUGACUGCCACAAUUACAAUUUCCAUGAGCAGAACUAUACUGGCUCAUGUCCAGAAAAUGAACUCAUGAGGAAUAAUGAACUGUUGUGGUUGUGGAAUAGCAGUGCAGCAUUAUAUCCCUCCAUUGGUAUUAAGAAAUCCCUCGGAAGCAGUGAAAACACAUUACGCUUUUCACAGUUUAGAGUGAAAGAAUCCAUGAGGAUUUCCUUUAUGACCUCACAUAAUUAUUCUCUCCCAGUCUUCGUAUACACUCGACUAGAUUACAGAGAUCAGCCAUUGUUAUUUCUUUCUACGCAAGAUCUUGUCAGCACAAUUGGCGAGAGUGCUGCCUUGGGAGCUGCAGGAAUUGUUAUUUGGGGAGACAUGAAUUUAACAUCAUCAGAGGCCAAUUGCACAAAAGUGAAGGAAUAUAUUGCUACUAAUUUAGGUCCCUACAUCACCAAUGUAACCAAAGCUGCGGAGGUGUGUAGCCAGCAUCUGUGCCGGAAUAAUGGAAGGUGCAUACGAAGAAAUUGGAAAGCUUUGGAUUAUCUUCAUUUAAAUCCUCAGAAUUUUCAAAUCAAAACUUCAGAGAAUGGAGUUAUUGUGAGAGGGGUAGCAUCUUCAACUGACCUUCAAACAAUGGCAGAAAAAUUCAGUUGCCAUUGUUAUCAAGGAUUUGAAGGAGUUGAUUGCAGGAAAAUUAAGACUUCUGGCUGGCAACCAGGGCACUCU